GGGCGGGGAGGAGAGGCCAGGGCUCUGGGCCCAUCGCCUUCCUGCCAGGGGAGGCCCUGGCCAGGCCUGCGGCCCGCACCAGUGUGGCUGUCACCACGUGGUCGGGUGGGGUCGGUGCGAAUCCCGGACCUGACCGGAAGAGGAGCCUGAGCCAGGGCACACCCCGGAAGUGAGGCAGCAAGGUCAAUUCACUCCAUCCCGGCAAUUUGGAUACUCAACAAGACCCUGUUUUAACUUGAGCAAUUGAGAGAGGGCUGGGGCUGGGGCUCGGUGUGAAGACUCUUCAUUCCACGCCCAGAGCAAAGCAAGACAGAAACCAGAAACCGGGCCAGCCCAGCGUCCGCCCGCAGGCCCCUCCCUCCGUGGACGCAGCGCCCUCCCGGCAGCCUCUCCCUUCUGGGUCACUCCAGGUUCCAGCACUGGGUUGUUUGCGUAAGAAUCAGGAGCCGUACAAGCCCCUCUGUCAAGCUCCGGGCCUGUGGUUUUCGCCACGGCAACACAGAGCCAGGCUAGGGUGCCGCCCGCUGCUGCUGCCCGGCUCUGUCCGCAGUGGGCUGUCCUCCCUCCCUCUCAACUCUCAACCUUGCUGCGCUCCUCGGAGGCCGGCAGGCGGGCGAAGCCUGGCAUCUCUCACUCCAGUGUCGAGCUGUGGCUCCUUCAGUCCUUCUAUUCAGCCCACGGCAGCAUCGCCCUGCAGCCCCUUGAGAUCCCGACCCUUCAGACCCUGUGGGUCGUCCAGUGUGGCUGUGCAGACUGGACACACGUGAGACGCUAAGCACAGGGAGCAGCUACAUACUGGAGGGUGAUUGCAGGGCAGGUGGACAGGUGGGCAGGUGGAGGUGGACAGGUGGCAGGUGGACAGGUGACAGGUGGUAGGUGGAGGUGGACAGGUGGCAGGUGGAGGUGGAUAGGUGGAGGUGGAGGUGGACAGACGGCAGUGGCUUAGAGGUGGUGCUGGUUGCACCUGUUCCCCGUAGGAGCACAGAGCCAAGGUGGCUCAGCACCCUGGGCCUGGGAUGAGCCCCGCCCCUCACUGUGCACCUCCCGACCGUUUCCCCUCUUCCUCCAGUUUCUCCGUAAAGCCCAGCGCCAUCCACGGCUCCUGGCUGUGAGCAGCUGCCACUUCAUUCCUUCCGUUUCUGCAGAGUCACGCUGUUCGCCUGCCACAGUGUUGCCCGUGUGCGCUGUCCUGGCCGAGACCCUUGACUGUCCCGCCCCUCGGGACACCUGUGGUCGCCGCCCCUCCUCCGUCCAGAGGCGGAGGAGACGUUUGGGGCGGCCCCCAGAGUCCCCUCCCCGCCCACCUCUCCCGCGUCCCCUCGACCUCCUCCUGGGGGCGCGGCGGGCUGAGGUGACAGCAAGUCCGCCUGCCCUCCGGGACCGCGACAGGAAGCGCUAGGCCGGCGCCGCGGGGACCCAAGGCCCAGCAAGCACGCGGGAGCAGGGCAGGACGCCUGCUCGGGGUGGCUGCUCCCUUCCCGCCGCCUGGGCCCCGCUCUGCCACGGGCACCGAACCGAGGAGGAGCCAGGUGGACACGGCGCGGCCUGGGCUGGCCUCCCGCAUGGCCCCGGGGGCUCCCACGGUCAGCUGCCUCGCAGGUGCAGACCUGCAUCCAGGUAACCACCUGAUACUGUAAUCUUUUCUGCGAAUGUUGCCGGAUUUUGGGGUCUAUGUUGCAACACCUGGAAGCAGAGCAAGCUCCAGUUUACUUGUGACUCUCAUUUGAGGAGCCUUCUCCGACAAAAGCCAAGUGUUCAGUAGACUCUUGCUGGGCACAGUGCAGAUCCACGCGGCCUCCACAAGGGUUUCCUGCUGUGUCCGCCUCUCCAGGCCCUGUCUCUGUCCACGGCACUGCAGAGCUCUGCUGGCGGCUGCUUCCUUCCUCCCACCGUCUGUUCCCCGCCCCGGCAGGAAGUGGAGCUCAGUCCUUGCUUCCUUAGCUGACUCCUCGGCAGACGGCAGACGGAACUCUGCACGGGUAGCGGGGACGGGAGUCUGUGACCGCUUCAUGUCUGCAGGUGAACACUGAGUUCCUUGCCAUGUCUGACGGAGAUUACGAUUACCUCAUCAAGUUUUUAGCUCUGGGCGACUCCGGAGUAGGGAAGACCAGUGUUCUCUACCAGUACACAGAUGGUAAAUUUAAUUCCAAAUUUAUCACCACGGUGGGCAUUGAUUUCAGGGAAAAGAGAGUGGUGUACCGAGCCAGCGGGCUGGAUGGAGCCCUGGGCCGGGGCCAGAGGAUCCACCUGCAGCUGUGGGACACAGCCGGCCAGGAGAGGUGUGAGGCCCGGGCUGCGGACGCGUGGUGUGCACCGAGGAGCGGCCUGGGCCGGUUCCGCAGCCUGACCACCGCGUUCUUCAGGGAUGCAAUGGGCUUUCUUCUGCUCUUCGACCUGACCAACGAGCAGAGCUUCCUGAACGUCCGAAACUGGAUCACCCAGCUGCAGAUGCACGCAUACUGUGACAACCCGGACAUCGUGCUGUGUGGGAACAAGAGUGACCUGGAGGACCAGCGUGUGGUGAAGGAGGAGGAGGCCCGGGCCCUCGCCGAGAAAUACGGCGUCCCCUACUUUGAGACAAGUGCUGCCAACGGGACGAACAUCAGCCCCGCGAUCGAGGGGCUGCUGGACCUGAUCAUGAAGCGGAUGGAGCGCUGCGUGGACAAGUCCUGGGUCCCCGAGGGCGUCGUGCGCUCCAACGGCCUCCCCUUCGCCGACCGUCCCGGUGAGGAGAGGAACGCGGGGUGCAGCUGCUGAGCCCCGCACCCCGCGAGAACACUGGCGGCCUGUCUGUGAGCGUGUCUGGGAGGCUCCAGGCAAACUGCUCCUCGGCAUCCCCGCCAGACUAGUCAUUGUUGUCCGCUUUUUCACUGUUGCAGCUUUGUAACUAUUUCAUGAAGAUUCAGCCAGAGAAGUAUCUCCCAGGGCCCCAAGUGCCUUACAGACCUCAGCUCCUGGGUGGCCAGGCAGGGACUCGGGUUUGCGGCGGGGUCUCUGCCUCGUGGGCCUUGAGGACAGGGGUCUGCCACUGGCCCUGCCGAAGACAGACCUGGGCUCUCCUGUGAAGGGCUCAGGUGGCCACAGUCCUGACCAGAUGUAAACCCGCCCCGCAGGUGGCCUUCCAAACGACCACCCCGGCCGCUCGGGUUGGAUGAGAGCGCAUGUGCCUGGCCCCGCGUGCACGCCCUCAACCCCGACCAGAGCCCAGUGAGCUGGGCAGGCCAUGCCUGUGGGCUCGCUGCGACUGUCCGGCGUGGGGAGAGGGUUCAGUUGGGGCAGGGUGGCUCCGUGUCCUUUUGGCCUCUCUGCUGUGUCCCUGGCUCUGAAGGGCUGACUGGAGGGUCGGCGUCCGCUGCGGCCUGGGCACCUAGGCCUGCCUCCGCGCGGCCACGUCGAGGGAGCAGGUGCAGAUGCCGAGCUGUGCUGCAUACCUAGUCGCUUUCUUUUCUUCACGUUUGCAAUGCUGGCCUGGUGUCCUCACUGCCACGCUCCGUGCUGGCAUUUACAACUUGUUUAAUUUUUCUGUUGGUGCAGUGGAAGGACUUCGUGUUCAUGGCAGAAGUGUGUCCGCUGAGUGUGGAGCACAGACGCUCACAGGUCUCUGAGCAGCCACCUUCUCCUCUCGCUCGGGCAGGAAGGCCUGGCCUGCAGCCCUUGGCCUCACUGUGCUGCUGGGCUGCCAAAGGCCUCCACACCAAAUGAAGGUGGUUUUGUAAUGUGCUUCAAGAAAGUUGUUCAUAAAGUCCAAAGGUAUUUCAUUUAGGAGAAAUUCUUAUUUAUUAAAAUGGUUCAAAUAAAGUAGAUUAAAAUUUCUAGGGAGCUUCAGUGGUUAUUUAGGAAAAAAUGUCUCUCACUGUAAUUUAGUGAAAAAUAAAAAUAAAUGUCUCUUGUGACAGCAGAUGUUUAGAAGAACUAUGAUUACAAAAAUACAAGUAUCCACAGCCUGUCUGGCAUGGUGACUUGCACAUGGCUUAACUGAGCUCCUACAGGGUUUUGGUCACUGCCCUUUGCCACUCCCAUGACAAACUUAGCUGUGGAUACUGUAAGAUUUAUGUUUUCCUAUCUUCAAAAUCAGGGCCUCUUUUAAAUUUCAGAGAAGCCACUGAGGCCUGUGCAUUUGAGUUGUUGCCUUGUGGUGAGGAAAAGAGACAUUUUGGAGGCAGGGCCACAGUCACACACGGUGCCUUCUAACUGCCUCGAGCCGCCCGCAGAGCGCAUCCUGACUGCUGGUGUCUGGGCAGUCAGACCGAAAAGUGUGUCACGCUUGUUUUCAGGAGCCCCACUGGCCUUAAACACAGGAUGCAAUAAAUGUGUAUGUCACGGUACCCCAAGCCAUCUUGAGUUAUUGAAAUAAAUACCCUGUAUCUUCUUUGAAAAGCAUUUAAAUCUGAUAUCAAAGUGCCAUAUUUUUGUCUGUAUUUUUCUACUUACGAGCCUGUGUAAAAGUGUGUCACGACUGACUUGUGCCAAUAAAGCUGAUUAAAAAGGUUA